AUGGCUAGCACAUUGGCGCAGAGAAUCAAAUACGCGAUGCAACAUUUAUCGCACGAGCAACACAUCUCUUUGCUGGCACGACCCAACUGGAGGAGGAUCCAAUGGAAAAACGUGCACGCUUUGGCGAACCCGUUCACCACUCGUCGCGCUGCAUUGAAAGCCAAAGCGUCCAAAAGAAUCAAAGUCAUGGCGCGGCCAAAAUAUGUCGCCAAAAAACACGACUUUACAAAAAUCCCGCCGUUGUAUCAAAAAAUCCACCCAAAGACACUCGAGGCUAAAAUCACGAAACGCAUCAUCGACCUGGCGCUUCCGAAAAAGAGAACGCUGAUGUCGAACAUGGUCUUUGCAUCCAUGAGCAGCAACAUAGCCGAGACAUUGUGGAAAGUUCAAAACUCCCGGUACCGGAGAUAUCGAUUCUUCUGCAACGCCAGGAAGCAACGAGAAAUGAAGAGGAAACAAAGAAUAAUGGCAAAGUUACGUCGAGCGAUAAAACCCGAAGACUGGGAUCGGCACAUAGACAUUCUGUCGAAACUGGCGACUCCGAAGGUGCCACCGAAACCCAGAAUGCCUUUUAAGAGAAAAAGGUGGAGGCCAGUCAACAUGCGAAGAAUCGAAGAACUGUCGACGCCCUCGAUGAGGGAGAUACCGCUACCCAAAGAUCCGUUCACCGUACCUCAAACGGCUCUCAUUUACAGGAUCAGCAAACGAAUGGUGGAACUUUCGCAACCAAGAGAAGUACCGGAUAUUGCCGAAAUGUUCCGGAUACCGGGCUACGUUUCUCCAGCCGCGUUGGAAGCCGUAGCAUCCCCGAGGACGAUAAUCCUGGCGAAGCCGGUUGAACGGCCUGCAGGAGUCGAGACGGACCUCAGAAAGGACGCUUUCACCGUGUCGCCAAUGGCGUUGAAAGCCAAGUGCUCGAGGCGACUAAAAUUUUUAGCCAGACCGAAAAGAAGAUGA